GUUGCAAGUAAGAAAUAUAAGGAGGAAUCCUGAUUCGUAAUCCCCCACGGCAACCGUUGCACGUGUCAUCUUCUCCACGAUGGCGACACCAGAGUUGGGAGGAUUGGACACUUCGCUGGUUCAAUUCAUCAGCGAUCACCAACACAACUCUCUCAGACUCCGCGACCAGACUGAGAGAGCGAAGAAAGAUGCGAUUAGAAGCGCGAUCCGUGUUUCGGAUCUGUUGGUGGAUGCUGCCAACGGUGGCGUCCAAGAAUCGUUCGUAAACGAGAAGCGGAUCGAGCUCGAAACUCGCGCAUUGGCUGCCACCGUCAUGAGAUUCGUCAAGCAGACCGAUCGGUGGCUUGCGGCUUCUCAUGCCAUCAACACUGCUAUCAAGGAAAUUGGAGAUUUUGAGAACUGGAUGAGGACCAUGGAAUUCGAUUGCAAAAGCGUUAGUGCUGCAAUAUACAACAUUCACCAAGCAUAAUCUUACAGGGACAAAGUCUCAAAGUCAUUCAUCGUGUUUAUAUUCCUUAGAAUUAUGGUGAUGAGCUCUGGGAUGGGGAUUGGAGCAGAGAUUUAGACAGCUGCAGGACAGUUGGUUUUUUGUUUUGUUUUCGACUCUUUUCGAAAGUGUUGCCCAUUUUUUUUGUUUUGGGUAGUUCCUUGCUUCAACUUGUGGGGCUGCUGUUAGAAAUUUUAAUAAAAAUAAAAUAUUGAUUAUUUGUUUGGA